AUGGCGGGAGUGGCAGGAGGGGGAGGUGCACCUGGCGGUGGGGCAAUCGGGCCCCCUGCUAUGGGGCCCCUCACCGCUGCCGAGAUAGCCGGCGUGACUACCCUGGCUGCGGCUAAGGAUCUGGCAGGUGUUAGCGAUGAGGCCUGGAAUGUGCUGCAAAGAUCCCUUGGUGGAGCACCCUCACUUCGUGUGCUGGGUUCUAUUCCCGCCAUUGCGAUUGUAGCUUCCAUCAGGGCCUCGCGCGUGCCUUCUCCCACCGCGGCUGAUCCCACCGCGGUGCGGGAUUUUACGAUCCUCGAAGCCACGCAACUUGGGUUGAUGUGGAGGGCGGCGAGGCUAUCGUUGGGACUGCCCGACCAAGACCCCUACGAUCCUGUCGGUGCUGUGGGCGGCGGAGGGCCGGCUGCAGCCGCCCCCCCUGCACCAGCCGGGGCCGGAGGAGGGGUAGGAGACGGGGCCAGGAAGGUCAAGAUGUGCCGCCCGCGCCACCAGCCCCUGACUCCGCCGCUCCGUUGGAAGCACCCACACAUGCGAGCGCCUGCCCUUACAACGGCAGCCCAGCGCCGCGUCUCUGCAGCCGAAAGCGGUCUGCUGACGGGCCUGGCUUCCCUUGACGGCGUCGAUCUUCAGGACAUUUUGCAACAGCGCGUCCUCACAUUGCAGGGGGUUCCCGCGCGCCUCCGCGGAGCCCUGCGUACGGCUCUCCACGCGGGCCUGCAGCUAAUUGCCGACCGUGAGUCGCCAGCGCAGGAGCUGCGGGGCUGGAAGCUUUUCUGUCUGGCACCUCGCAUGCUUCUGCAGCGUUCAAGCGGAGAGUCGCUCAUCCCACCUGCGGAGCUCGAUCGCCGCUGUGACCUCUUCGCACGCGGCGUUUGGCCAGAACUACUGCAGCUGGCAUCGGGUUCCGCUGCUCCCCGGUCCCGCACGGGCAUGCCGACGGACGACCUCGCUGCUCGCGCUUCCCGAGCUACAGCCCUUGUGCACAUCGGCGAGCUUUCGGCCGCCGGUCGCGCGCUUGUUGCAGAACCACUUGCACCCGGCACCGACGCAACCCUCGCCGAGCUGCGGGACCCUUCACGGCGCCCCCCGACUCCCUACGCGCCGCUGCCGCAAGACAUUGCCACGUACCAAGCCGCCGACCCCUGUCCCUUCCCGCUCCCAGCGUUCGUGGCAUGUCUGCGGUCCGCAAGGAGGGGGGCGGCAGCUGGACCGUCAGGGGCCACCAACGAGCAUCUGCGUAUCCUGCUCGACGACGAGGGUGAUACCCAGCUUUUGCACCGUGCAGCCUGCCGCCUUGCACGUGCCGACCUCCCGCCGCCCGUUUUGGCUGCUUUGCGCGUCGGCCGGCUCACCGCGCUGCAGAAACCCAACGGACGCGGCGUCCGCGCCCUCGUCAUCGGGGAUGUCCUUCGGCGCCUGGUCGGCGAGGGUGGGGAACAAGGGGACCCGCUCAUGCCAGCACUUUAUGCCCUGGCACAACAGCCCGCCCUGCAAAGGAUUUUCGUGGCAUCCGUCCCUUUUCUCAGGGCUUCUGUUCCUUUUUGUUUUUGUUAA